AUGGAUAUUCCUUUGAAAUCUCAGCCCAAAGUAUCCACGGUGAAUCUACUUGAUGAAUCCAAAUUUCAAAUUGGAAGUACACCACACAAUCCCAAUACAGAAUCAAGUAAUCAAUCUCAACCAAGUCAUUUAAAUCCAAAUUUCUUAAAAGUUAGACAUAGUUCUAGAAGCCAGAUACCUUUACAUCAUCAUCAACAACAACAACAACAAAUACAAGGAUUCCCACCAAAUUAUUCAUUUUCAAGACGAUAUUCAGAAACUGAAAAGAAUAAUUUUGAUCCAGAAACUGGACAUAGAAUAUAUGAAGAUGGGAAAAUUAGACCUCAUCAAUCAUAUUCAACACAACAGCAACAGGAAGAUCAGUUUAAUCAAUUAGAAUCGUAUAAUAUAAAUGACUAUAAAAAUAACAAUCAAUUGCAUGCUAGAUCUCACGAUAGUAUCAAUGUCGGAUAUCCAGAUGAAACAGGAUAUGAAGAGUUUAUUCCUGGGUUGGAUUUUUCAACAUUGGUAAUGAAAUGGAAUAGUAAUAGUAAUUCAAACUUAGAUUUAACAAGAACAAACACAAGUGAUUAUACUACACAAUCAAAUACGCCAAGAAGUAGAGAGGCUUCCUAUCUUGAUUUGAACCAAUUACAUUCAAAGGUUGCUCCACAACCUAUAAAACCAUCAAAUAAUCAACAACUGAAAUUUUCCUAUACGAAAUUGCACGAGUUCAUGAAAUCCAAACAACAACUGCAAUUGCAACUGCAGCAGCAACUGCAGCAAUCACAGCUGCGUAGUAAUAUUUAUGAUAUUAAUGAAGAUAAUGAUAUAAUACCGUUAACGAAAGAUAAUUUCAAAAGUGGAAGUCCAAGUUCUGGAAAACGUGAAACAUCUGGAACAUUGGAUUCUGCUAUGUUACGUAAAAAACAAAAAUCCGCCAUUGAUCCAAUUACUGGAGAUGUUAAUUAUGAAUUAAUUAUUAAUAGUUUACCCCAAAAUUUUAAUGAAUUGCCUUAUUCUCAACGUAAGAAGUUGGUUAAAUCCUUUUCUGAAUCCAUUGAUUAUUCUCAAUUUUCGUUAUUUGCCAAAAACUACCUUGGUUCGUCCGUUGGAUCCAGAAAUCCAAGAGGAAGUAUUUCAAUUUCUGGAGGUGGUGGUGGCAAUGGUAAUGGCAGUGGGUCUACCAACAGUAGUUUUUCAAGAAGGCAUAGAACAGGAAGUGUCAAUACCCUAGCAGGAAGACUUUUGGCCAGAACUUCAACUACAGAUUUCAAAAAGCUUCAGGAAGCCAACAGACCGAAAUAUAAUGUUGAUGAGAAAAAUGCCAUUGUAUUAAACCAUAAAUUAGGAGGGAUCAUUGGAUAUGGGGCAUGGGGUACUAUUCGAGACUGUACUGAUUUAUCAGAUGGAACACUUCGAGCAAUUAAAAUUGUUAAAUCGAAUGUGGACACUAAUCAAAAUCCUAAAGUGUUACAAUUAUUCAAAAAGGAAAUAUCAAUCUGGAGUGUACUUAAACAUCCUAAUAUUUUGGGGUUAAUUGAUUAUAUUGAAACAGAUGGAACAAUAUUUUGUCUUAUGGAUAGAAUCAAUGGUGGCAGUUUAUUUGACACGGUUGAUUCGUGGUCGUUGUUUAAUGCAGGUUUGAAUACUACUUCUGGACCAGUAGGGUUUCUGUUUCAGCAACAACGUGAACGAUUGAUUAAAUGUGUUGAUUAUACCAGACAAAUAGUCAAUGCUUUGUUGUAUAUGCAUGAAGAGCAAGGAAUUGUUCAUGGGGAUCUUAAAUUGGAGAAUGUUCUUAUAUCUAACGAAUUGAAUGAUAAUACCAAGAUUGUCUUGUGUGAUUUUGGUAUGAGUCGAGUAUUCAGUACAAGAAUCAGUCGGAAAUCAUCGAAGAGACAAAUUCAUAAUGGACUUCAUAAUUCUGGUGGUGACAACAACAACAAUCACAACAAUGGUGAUAAUCGGUUGAGUUUAAUAAUUGAUGCAGAUACCGAAAUGGCUAGAAGUAGAUCAUCAAAUGUUGAAUUACGUAAACCAUUAAUGAGUGAAGAUUCACCAAAUACCAGAAAACUAUUAUUUCAUGAUGAUUCAAGAGUUGGAUUAGACCAUUUAUUUAGAAUCCAUGGACCUUCGAUGCAAUCAGUUCAAUUAACGCCAGUGACAUCACAUGGACAAGAUCAAACAGAUCAAUCACCGCAUCCAAUAAGAUUUAAUUUUUCUAAAUAUCAACAACCGAAUCAUCAAUGUGAUGAACCGGUUGAUUCAAACUUACCACAUUCACAUAUUGGUUCAUUGCCUUAUGCAUCACCAGAAAUAUUACAACCUUCACCACCACCAUUAGGGCCAAGUGCAGAUGUUUGGGCAUUGGGUGUAUUGUUAUAUGCUAUGAUUGUUGGUAAAUUACCAUUUCUGCAUCAUUAUGAACCAAGAUUACGAGCAAUGAUUGCUUCUGGUAAAUUCAAUAAAUCAGAUUUAUCCAAGGCUUGUUUAUUAGAAUGGUUAUUUGAUGAUGAAGAAGAAUCCAAAGAUAAUGAAACGACUGCAGGAGGAUUACCUAGUACAUUAUUACAAUCAUCAUCAUUAGUUGAUAUGAAAAGAGUUGAACAAUUGAGUCAAUUAAAGAAAGAUUGGGAAAUGAUGGAUGAUAAAAGUCGUCAAGAAUUUAAAUUCUUGUAUGAUAUUGUCAUUGGAUGUUUACAAGUUGAUAUAACUAAACGAAUUGAACUUAGUCAAGUUUAUAAUUUAUUAUGUUCAUAUACAGCAUAA